CAUUUUCAUAAGUGGUCGUGGGAAAAUACUUAUUUUGAAUGAAUUACUAAAUAAAUCUUUGUUUGACAUUUGGAAAAAAAAUCAGAUACAUAUGUCAUUGCAAUUUUCAUUUUCGUAAAAAUUUCCAUAAUGGCAAAUCCUCUAAAAGCUCUUAACGAACAUUUUCUUUAUAAUCACAGGAUGGUUAAAGCACUACAACAAUUUUUAUGUCCCAGUGAUAGAAGAGUAAUAUCCAUAUGGUUGGACAAAUUAUACGACAUGGACAAAAAUGUCGAAGAAAUGUUAAUCAGAAGUGAUUAUAUGUGGUUUAUAUUACUGAUGAUUCAGGGUAAAAAAAUUCUCAACCCCUUCACGAAAUUACCACCUACUACUCUGGUACCAUUGAAAAAAUUUGUCCCACUUCACACUUAUGAAGAUGUUCUUAUUGCAAAUGAACCUACUAUGAGUCGUAUAAAUUCAAGUAUUAGCGACGACAGUAUUUUCUUUUCAUUAGACAAAAAAGAAACGUCUUGUGGAUCUUUUCAACUUUAAAACAAACAUCAGACGCGAUUUUUUUUAUCAAUAUUUAAAGUACAACUAGCUCUCGAAAUAAUUAUAUUCCUAUUACAUAAAUAAACACACCGUACA